CUCCGCUGAGAGCCACGACACAGAGGACGAUGCUCACACACCGGACUCUGGUCCUGACCACGUUGGACUCAAAACCAAAAGUGUUUCCAAGAGGUUUCCGGUGCACGAGCAGAACAGAGCUCUGAGAACCGAGGAGGUGGAGAUGAAGGCAGCAGCUGAGGAAACACCAACAAGAGCUGAGUCUGAACCGGAGUUCAACGACCUCCAGCUCUGGGCGAGAGACGAGGAGAGAGCAGAGGUCACAGAGAGAACGGCCAAAACAAACUCUGACUCAGAGCCAGAGGAGGUCCAACAGUCACACUCAGAGAAACUACUCCUCUCCUUCAAAACCUCGACUCUGGAGUCUGAGAUCCUGGAGAAGGUUCCUCCUGGGUCUCAGACUGAGGAACAGUCGAAUUCAAACCAGAAUCCAGAGACUCUUUCAGGGUCGGAGAGUGAAGAGAGCGGGAAGCCUCAGUCUGACUCAGCACAGAGAUUCACAGAAGAUGAAAUUCCAAAUCCAGAAUCCAGCCUCAGGCCUAAAGCAGAGAGAGGAGAACAUGUGGAGUCUGAUCCGGGUCCGAGGACGGAGGUGAAGCCGGCAGGAGCCAAGAAUCAGACGCUCAGUCUGAGGGAGGCCCAGGCCGUGCUGCUGAGGAAGACUCUGUUCAGGAGAGGAGGAGGAGACAAGAUGGCCGCCCUGCUGAUGAAACACAUUGAGAAGGAGAGGAAGAGACUUAACAUCAUGACCUCCUCUUCAAACCCGUCCUCAUCAUCUUCAUCCUCCUCCUCCUCCUCCUCAUCAGUGAAAACCAGUGUGAAGAGCUUCCACUCUCAGAAGGGCCAGUACACCGUCCACAUCUCUGCCCCUGCAGCUGAUGGACAGACCGCCACAGCAGGGGGAGGGGGAGGAGGAGGGGUGGAGAGGAUCCAGGUGAUGUUCACGCCGACGAUCUGCAAAGUGCGCUGCAGCCAGGACCGAUGUGUCAACUACUGCGAGAGAGGCAACGUGACCACGCUGUACAGCAGCAGCACUGAGGGAGGAGAGGGAGGACGCACAGACGGCUCCCAUGGUCCAGGCUUCAGAGUCUUCCUCUGUCCUCUGCUCUGUAAGAACGGUGGCGUCUGUCUUCAGAAGGACCGCUGCCUCUGCCCCUCGACCUUCGUCGGAAAGUUCUGCCAGAUCCCCGUCGACUCCGCCUCCGCCGCCGCGGCUGCUGCUGCCUCGCCGUCCUCCACCAAUGAGAUCGUCAAGCCUGCGCUCCUCUCCGUCACCACAGCCAAUCAGGAACUGACCCAGUCAGAGUUCCUUGUGCCGCUGGGACAGAACCAGGAAGUAGCGAGGGCGGGAGCCCCGGCUCCGUCCAUGGUGAAGGUCAGAGUGCAGCACCCCCUGGAGGCCAGUGUGAAGAUCCACCAGGUGCUGAAGGUGUCUGGCUUCAGUCCCCCCCUGCGGACGCUGUCCUCGCCGUCCUCGGGGUCGGCGGGGGCUCCGGCUCCCCCGGGGGGGGGGGGCGUCCAGGCUCAGACGGUGAGAGGCGACGGCACCUACACCGAACACUCCGGCUUCAAGUACUGCUUCAGAGAGGUGAAGGGCGGACAGUGCAGCUCUCCUCUGCCUGGACUGAGGAGCAGGGACAUGUGCUGCCGAGGGAUCGGGAAGGGGUGGGGCAUCACCGACUGUGUCCUCUGUCCUGAUACAGGUCAAAGCAACAGCAGCUGUGCGACUGGGCUUGAGCGAUCCAAUGGAACGCAGUGUGUCGAUGUGAAUGAGUGCCUCCGGCCUGGGCUGUGUGAGAACGGGAUCUGUGUGAACACCAGGGGGAGCUAUAGCUGUGUGUGUAAGGCGGGGUUCAUCCUCGACGCCACACAUGGAAUCUGCAUUUCCCAGAGUGUGAUAUCGGAGGAGAAGGGUCAGUGUUUCCGGGUCCUGGGCUCGGGUCGGGGUCCGUCCUCCUGCUCCUUGCCCAUCCUCAGGAACAUCACCAAACAGAUCUGCUGCUGCAGCCGGGUCGGCAAAGCCUGGGGUCCCGACUGCCAGAGAUGUCCCUACUUUGGUUCAGUGGCCUUUAAGGAGAUCUGUCCAGCCGGGCCUGGUUAUCACUACUCAGCUUCAGCCCUGCAGUUCAACCAGAGGGUCCACGAGCAGCUGGGGGGCCGAGGGGUCACACUGGUGAACCACAGCAACCAGGACAACCAGGCUCCUGAUUCUGGAUCCAGCAGUGCUGGAGCCUCCAGGCAGAAACCCCCGUCCUCUGGUGGACAGAGCACUUCACUGAGCUCUGGAUCAGCUGGUACCAGACCCGUUCCACCUCCGACUCCCCGGCAUCCAUCUCAGCCUCAGGCCCGCCCGGCCACCAGCUCCCCCUCCACCAGGACGGUACAGUCCAGCAGCGCCGGAUCCUCGACCCCCCAGGACAAACCCCCGACUCCUGGCAGAGCUGGGACCCAACAGGUCCGACCUGGAUCUGCUCCAUCACAUCCAAGACCACAGCCCCCAUCCACUGGGAGUCAGGCCGGCGGUCGCUCCUCCUCCGGGUCUCGACCCGACCACCCUCAAGCAAGAGGGGACACUCUCCCUGCUCCUGCCCAGCCACAGAACCCCGAGCAUGGGUCCAGACCCCAUCAAGAGCUCCCCCCUCUGGAGAACAGGCCAGCUGUCAGCCCAACAACCAGGCCCAGCAGAGUCCAGACAGUGCGAGGUGUGUGUGAGACCAAGCCAGGUGUAUGUGGGCGUGGCCUCUGUGUGGAUCAGCCGAGUGGGAAACACACUUGUGUGUGUGAUCAGGGAUACCAACCCAACACUCAGCGCACGUACUGCCAAGAUGUGAAUGAGUGUGUGCAGUCUCCAGGAGUGUGUGUGGUGGGAGAGUGUGUGAACACCGUGGGAAGCUACAGGUGUGUGUGUCCGUCUGGAUACCGGAGCAGUGGAGAGCAGACCAGCUGUCAAGACGUGGACGAGUGCCAGUUGUCCCCCUGUAGGACCGGUCGCUGUGACAACACACCGGGCAGCUACAGGUGUGUCUGUCGCCUUGGUUACAGGCUCACAGGACACUCGUGCACAGAUGUGGACGAGUGUGAGGACCCUCUGCAGUGUCCUGGUCAGGAGUGUGUCAACACUCAGGGGUCGUACCGCUGUGCCUCCUGUCCGCCGGGGUAUGGACUGAUCAAACAACUCUGCACAGACGUGGACGAGUGUCUUCAGGCUCCGUGCUCCAGCGCUCGCUGUGAGAACACCCCCGGGAGCUACCGCUGUGUCUGCCACACCGGGCACCGGCUCCAGAACAACACCUGCACAGACAUAGAUGAGUGUGCGGAGCCCUCUCAGUGUCCUGGUCAGAUGUGUGUGAACUCGAUGGGAUCAUACCGCUGUGUGUCCUGUCGACCAGGUUACACUCUGACCAACCGACAGUGUACAGAUGUAAACGAGUGUGAGAACAGUGAGUCUUGUCCUGGUCAACAGUGUGAGAACACGGACGGAUCAUACAGCUGUAUGGACUGUCAGCAGGGAUACCACAGUGUGAACAGAGUGUGUACAGAUGUGGACGAGUGUGUGCAGGUGUCUCAGUGUCCGGGUCAGCAGUGUGUGAACACUGUGGGGUCGUACCACUGUGUGUCCUGUCAGCCUGGGUACAGCAGCCAAGAUGGCUCCUGCCAAGAUGUGGACGAGUGUGCGAGCGCUGGGGGGUGCGAGGCCGAGCGAGUGUGUGUGAACACCGUCGGCUCCUUCAGGUGCGACUGUCUGCCCGGGUAUCGAACCUCCGGCCUGGGGAGGCAGUGCAGAGACAUUAACGAGUGUCUGGAGGGGGAGUUCUGUUUCCCCAGAGGCGAGUGUGUGAACACACCUGGAUCCUACACAUGUGUGUGUUCUCAGGGAUUCACGCUGAGCGACAACGGGACGUCCUGCCUCGAUGUGGAUGAGUGUGCGAAGUCGGGCGUGUGUGUGGACGGCCGCUGUGUGAACACUGAAGGUUCCUUCUACUGUCAGUGUCAACCCGGCUUCACCUCCAACCCUGAAAGCACCACCUGCAUCGAUGUUGACGAGUGUGUAGCGUCCGGGGGGGCGGUGUGCGACUCGCAGCGUUGUGAAAACACCAUCGGUUCGUACCGCUGCCUCACUUCCUGUGAACCGGGCUACCAGGUGUACCAGGGCAGGUGUGUCGAUAUUAACGAGUGUGCCAAUAAGACGUCCUGUGGGGACCACGCCUUCUGUCAGAACCUGAUCGGGACGCACCUGUGUGUGUGCGACCGCGGCUUCACCUCCACCGCAGACGGGAGCUCCUGUGUCGAUGAGGACGAGUGUGUGUCUCUGGCCGGUGUGUGUGGUUCAGCUCGCUGUGAGAACGUGGAGGGGUCCUUCAUGUGUGAGUGUGACCGAGGAGAGUUCGACAUGACGACGAGAACGUGUGUCAGCACCGUGCUACCAGCCGAGAUCGUCCCCAGCUACCCCUCCUCCUCUUCCUCCUCCUCUUUCUCCCCCUCCUCCUCUUCCUCCUCCUCUUCCUCCCCCUCCUCCUCCUCUCAUGUCGGGGCGGUGGAGUCGGACCCUGUGCCGCCCCCGCUCCCCCCCGCCCGCCCUGGCGAGCUGAGGGAGUGCUACUACAACCUGGCGGAGCGUGGGACCUGCAGCCUGCUGGCCACCAACACCAGCCAGCAGGAGUGCUGCUGCACGGUGGGCGAGGGCUGGGGGCUGGGCUGCCAGCACCAGCCCUGCCCCCCCGCCCACACAGCCGACUUCCUGUCUCUGUGUCCCAGUGGGAGGGGCUAUGUCACAACUGGACGAGAAGCCUUCAGCUACAGAGAUGUGGAUGAGUGUAAACGGUUCCACCCUGAGGUGUGUAAGAACGGAGUGUGUGUCAACAACAUCCCAGGAUACAACUGCUACUGCUCCAGUGGAUAUGUUUACAACAGCACGCUGCUGGAGUGUGUCGAUCACGAUGAGUGUGAGGAGGAGAGUUGUGUUGGAGGAUUGUGUGUGAACACGGUGGGAUCUUAUUACUGCAGCUGCCCACCGCCUCUGGUGCUCGAUGACACACAGAGAAACUGUGUCAACUCCUCCCACCUCACCGUGGAUGAGAACCUGUCUGUGUGCUGGCAGCACGUCUCUGCAGACCUCAUGUGUCAGAGCCCCCUGCUGGGCGCCCAGUUCACCUUCACCGACUGCUGCUGUCUGUACGGGGAGGGCUGGGGGAUGGAGUGCGCCCUCUGUCCCUCCACCGACUCCGACGACUACGCGUUUCUCUGCAGCUCCUUCCCUCCUCUCUUUCCAAGUUAUCCCGAUUCGAGCGGAUCAGAAACAGGAGUGAGACGAGGAGGUGGACAAGGAGGAGCAGGAGCUCCUCUUCAUUUCCCUCCUUUCACUCCUGACUCCUUCCCUCCAGCUGUGGUUCCCGGCAGAGACUUCAUUCGUCCUGACUAUGACGAUUACUCUCCAGCAGGGGGCAGCAGGUCCGGCUACAGGACUCCUGCGUCCUUCAGUCUCCCGGACGCAGCCUAUCGCAGACCUGAGUACGGAACUGGUUUCUACUCUGAAGGAGACUACUCCUCCCCUGACGGAGCCCCACCCAGGCCUCCAUCCGUCCGCCUCCUCCCGGACCCCCGGGCUGAGAGGGCGUUCGGGGCCCGGCCUCCUCCUCCGUCCCAGCCGGACGGCCCUCCUCUCAGCCUGGCUCCGCUGCCCGGGGCGCACUACCCCGACCAGGAGGAGGAGGUGGAGGAGACGUGGAGGCCGGGGCCGCCGUUCCCACCCUUUACUGAGCAGAGAGGAGGAGGAAGAGGAGGAGAUAGAGUAAGAGGAGGAGGAGGAGGAGGAGGAGGAGGAGGAGGAGCACUGAGGAGGGUGUAUGAAAGGCGUUACGAGUCGUACGGCGGCCUGAGCGCAGCAGAGGAUUGUGGGAUAUUGCACGGCUGUGAGAACGGCCGGUGUAUUCGCGUGGCGGAGGGUUACACCUGUGACUGCUACCAGGGCUACGAGCUGGACAUGACCUCCAUGACCUGCAUCGAUGUGAACGAGUGUGAGGACGGGGGGGGCGUGGAGUUCCCGUGUGUGAACGCUCGCUGCGUGAACACCGGCGGCUCGUUCCGAUGCGUCUGCAGGAGAGGCUACGUCAUGUCGCGCAGGGACAACCACUGCGUGGCCGCGUAGACCAGGACCAGGACCAGGACCAGGACCAGGACCAGGACCGACCAGGACCAGGACCAGCCAGGGACUGGACCCCGGGACAGACCGGGGCGGACUACAGGACACUCAACUGGUCUGGGUUUUACUUCAGGACCAGAUUGACAAACUAUACUCAACCAGGAUAAACGAACUGGACUUUAGAACUGCAGAUUGCACUAAACCAGGCCGAGCUGAACUGGGCCGGGUCAGACUUUAUAUCAAGAGUCAUUUUAUUCAUCAGUUUCUGUCCGGCCCGGUUUAUUUGACCCAGAAACUGAAACCAGGCUUUCAGUACAAACCAGGCUAACUCUAAUUAGCAUCACUAUACAAACCAGGCUAACUCUAAUUAGCAUCACUAUACAAACCAGGCUAACUCUAAUUAGCAUCACAAUACAAACCAGGCUAACUCUAAUUAGCCUCACAAUACAAACCAGGCUAACUCGAAUUAGCAUCACCAUUCAAACCAGGCUAACUCUAAUUAGCAUCACCAUUCAAACCAGGCUAACUCGAAUUAGCAUCACCAUUCAAACCAGGCUAACUCUAAUUAGCAUCACCAUUCAAACCAGGCUAACUCGAAUUAGCAUCACCAUUCAAACCAGGCUAACUCGAAUUAGCCUCGCAGUACAAACCAGGCUAACUCUAAUUAGCCUCACAAUACAAACCAGGCUAACUCUAAUUAGCAUCACCAUUCAAACCAGGCUAACUCUAAUUAGCAUCACCAUUCAAACCAGGCUAACUCUUAUUAGCCUCGCAGCACAAACCAGGCUAACUCUAAUUAGCAUCACAAUACAAACCAGGCUAACUCUAAUUAGCAUCACCAUUCAAACCAGGCUAACUCUUAUUAGCCUCGCAGUACAAACCAGGCUAACUCUAAUUAGCCUCGCAGCACAAACCAGGCUAACUCUCUUAGCCUCACAAUACAACCGGUCACAUGUCACAUGUUCCUGACGACACAUCAGGACGUCUGUUGUUUUUUAAAGGUCUGAAGAAAAGACGUGCAGAGUUGUGAAGUAGAGGAAGAAUCGGUUUUAGUUUGAUUGUUGUACUUUUUACAUUUUAACUCAGAAGACAGAAGCAAAGACGUUUUCAGGUCAAACAAACCCAAGUUAUUAAUUUCACCAUGUUUCAUAAGCACAGUGAUGAACUCAGAGUCGACAUGUGACCUGGAGCCUCGAACCCGUAAAGAUUCAAUCUUCACAUAAGAGGCUGACAAUAGAUCAGACGACUUAAAUGAUCGAUAAUCAAAGUGUUUGCUGUCGGUCGCUGAAUCAUCGACUGCAGCUCUAGUUGUUACAGAUCUGUUUUCAUUCUGAUCAUUGUAUCUACAACAUUAAAUACACACAUACAUUAAAUAUAUGAACAUCGAUAUACAACACCAAUGUGUUCACUGAUUGAGAGAUUGAAUGUGUCGUCUACAGACGUGUAAAAGAAAAUAUUGUCUGACUUUAUUAAUGAAUGAUUAACGAAAUAUAAUGUUUUUAAACGUUAACUUUCCAUAUUUGUUCCUGAAUCCAGAAACGCUGCUUCACUGUAAACGACACAAGUUGUCACAAAGUCAGUGAAGAAGUUUUCACUCAUCACCUCUAGAAAAAGGUGUGUGGACAGUUUCAGGUGUGAAGCAGCAGCAGGAGAUGAUCCGGGUCCGACUCGUUCACAACAACACGAACAUCUGGGAACUCUCAUUCCAGAAGCUUCCACACAUUGUCCUGCUUCUUCCUCACAUGGACUCACUCUGACAUUUACAGACAUUUCACCAGGAGGCUGCAGGAGAAGAUCCAGAACAUGUCCAGAGACACUGAUUCUGAUACAGAACACGUCAGGAACACGUCAGGAACAUGUGCAGAACCUCAGCUUUACUGAAACACUGUGAUGAGGAGUUUGACCUGCGGGUGGCGCUCUGCUGAGUCAGGAUGUGAUUCUCGAGGAUAUUGAUCCCAAUGUGCUUGAUUCCAUUUAGAUUUAUCUUUGGUUUAAAAUCCUCAGAUUCUGUCCUGGGAGCUGCAUCCAGUCACAUUGUGUUCAUAGUGAUUCACAUUAUCUGUUUCCGCCUGUAAGAGUUUGUGUUUUAUGAUUUUUUCUGUUGUAGUAAACGAGCUGAUUCCUUCUCAGUAUACCGUGCACUGUACACACACACACACACACACACACACACACACACACUGUCUUAUAAGUGUUUGAAUUGUCGUCUCUGGUGUUUUUUAAACUGCAAAUUUUUAUGUUUGAUGAUUCACUUUUGUAUUGUUGUGGUUUGUAUGAAAAGAAAUGAAAAUAUAUUUGCACACACACUUUCAGUGAAA